AUGAGCUCCAUCCAGAAAUCAAGCACCAAAAUCGGCAACAAUAGCCAAGUGCUGCGAUUCGCUGAAGAGGGCACGUUUAAGAUUUCAAUCUUCUCAGAUCUGCACUACGGCGAAGCCCAGGACUCAGGGGGCUCUGAAAAUGAUGCUCGUACAGCUGGUGUUAUGGAAAAAAUAAUAUCUGCUGAGAGGCCCCAACUUGUUGUUCUUAAUGGUGAUUUAAUAACCGGCGGAGCAACUGAUUCCUCCAAUUCUAGUUUAUACGUGGACCGCCUUGUAACUCCACUGCUCCAACAUGAUGUGCACUGGGCAUCUACGUACGGGAACCACGACAGUGAUGACAACCUCUGUCCACAGAACGUUUUCGACAGGGAUGAACAGUACAAAAACAGCCUUACACAAAGAAUGGUUUUCAACUCUUCCGCAGGAUUCACAAAUUAUUAUCUUCUCGUAUGGCCUUAUGACAUGGCAGCAGAGACACCAGCGGUUAUCUUAUGGUUCUUUGAUACGAGAGGCGGCAAUACGUGUUCCGAGAUGGUGAAUAAUCCUAGAAUGCGUCCAAACUGGAUCCACCCGUCGGUAACUGAAUGGUUCGGGAAAACCCACUCAGCACUCACCGUGAAAUACAAUAAAACCAUACCCUCACUUGCAUUCUUCCAUAUUCCUACUUAUGCUAUGCGUGCGUUCCAGGAUGUCGGGGUCGAUGACCAUACUGAACAAGGUAUAAAUGAUGAUGUACCGGUCAAGCACCAAGGGUAUUUUGGGACAGAACGGGAUUAUAUGGGGCAAGACAUUGCUUUUAUGCAGAUAUUGCUGAGUACUCAAGGCUUGAUUGCAACAUUCAGCGGUCAUGAUCACGGAAACGACUGGUGCUUUAAUUGGAACCGUCAACUACCUGGUAUGAACCUGACAGGAAAUGAAUUGAAUAUGUGCUUUGGGCGACGAACAGGGUAUGGAGGCUAUGGUAACUGGCCACGUGGUGGACGGCAGGUUUUCCUGCACGAGCCAAUCACCGAAACAUCUGUGCAAACCUGGGUUCGAGUAGAAGAUGGGACCGCAAGCAAACAGGUCACCCUCAAUUCGACCUAUGGGCAUUAUCCGUACACAGAGGAGAGUCAAGCCUCAAAGUCCGCUGCGAUAGCGCUGAUAUUGAUAGUUAUAAAUCUUUUGUCAUGGUUGUUGUGACUUCAGGUGAUAUAAGCUCCAGUUCUGUGAUUUACCUUUUA